GAAGCCGAGCGACGACGCCUGGUCCGUGGUGAUCGUAGGCGACGACAGCUUCGGGUUCAGCUUCCAGGGGGCCAUCAUAGGGAAGCACAAGAGCGGCACCGACAUCGCCCUCAAGGACAACGUCGAGCACGAGACCACCUCCACGACAGUCGAGAUCACAGCCCUGAUAUGGGCCUUCGCCUGGGUGAUACACCACAACCCCCUCUACAUCGCCACGAUUUCCACGGACUCGCUCGGCGCGCUGCAGCUCGCGAAGAGGCUAGCCUUCACCGGCCGCGACCCCAAGCUCGCCAGGACACUCUGCAUCCUCUACGACAUGGUCCGCAACAAGAUCGACCUACAGCACGUCCACGCUCGCGACUAUAACCCAUGGAACGAGGUUGCCGACGCCGCCGCCAACCACGGACGCCUGCAAGAAGUCACUCCUCCUUUACCAGAGUGGGCAAGCGUCAUGGACGGCGCAUCCCAGCGGGACUGGGAGUUCCUCAUUGAUGCGGAACCCAACGCCAAGGAGGCCUACGCUGUCUUCGCCCUCGGCAAUCUCACAGCUAAGAGAGUCGAGACGACCGCCGAGGCCCGUCAUUUCCACAACCCCUUCGAGUCCAGCGACAAGAAGAUCAUCGUAGAAAUAAACAUCGCCACCUUCAACAUCCAGUCGGGGAGAGAGCCAAAGGAAGGAUCGAAGCGUCGCAAAGAGAAGAUCAACAAGCUGAAGACCACGAUGGCCUGCCUUUACGACGAGGACCUCCACAUCACAGGUAUCCAGGAGGCAAGGACUCCCUGGGGCGUCCGCGACGCAGGUCAAGACGAUGACGCCAGGUGCGCCAACGCCAACUGCUACCACAUCAUUUCCAGCGGCCACAAAGGUUUCAACUACGGCUGCGAGCUUCAUGAGCUCUUCUUCAAACCUGACCAGUUCACAGUCAUUGUCAAGGGCCCCAGGCUCCUCAUCGCGCGCGUUGCCGCCCCAGGCUUCAACCGCGCGCUUGCCGUCGCUCGCGUCCCGCACUCGAAGGCCCUUGCGACCGAGAAGGAUAGCUAUUGGAAGAGGCUCGCGGGUAACACGGAAAAGCACCACGUCAGCAUCAUUCUCUUCGGUGCCAACGCCAGGACAGGAAGCAUCACCAGCACGGCCAUCGGCGAUAAGGGCUUCAAACAAAACGAGGACCCAAACGGACACCGUCUACAUGAGCUGCUCCUGACAAACCACCUGGCGGCCGCCAACACCUUCGUCAGUCAUGGACCAGAGCAUCACACCUGGCACUCGGGCAAGGACCCUCACCGCAUCGACUACGUCAGCAUCCCGAAGGGCUACAUAGACUCCAUCGAGGAGUGCGCCGUGUUCUACGGCAUAGACAGCGGCCAAGACCCAGAGACCAAGGACGACCACUACCCCGUCAAGGUGCAGCUUGCCUACCAGAUUGUCAAACGCCCGCCCUGGGGCGCCAACCUCAACGAGCACCUCGCCAUAGUCACAGAGAAGAUCACGGAGACCGCUUACGAGUGCUUCCGCUCCAACAGCCGCACCCCACACAAGCUACGCUACACGGCAAAGAUCAUCGCGAGGGAAGCCCUCUUGCCAGACCCCUCAGAUGCGGGUGCCCUGGCUUCUCUCAGCGACUACGUCGAACUCGUGGUGGCCUCCAUCAUAUUCCGCACUCCCAGCCUAGCUUCCCACGCCGUGGAACCCGACAACGCCAGCACUGCGUGCAGCGCCCAGCAGUAUUUCGACGCCCUUCUCCUAUUCCUCAGGACGUCUAAGUCGACACUACAGAAGUGGAUCACGACAGACCGCGACGACUUCCUCGAGAGAACCGCCGAUGAGAUGGGUGCAGCGAUCGACGGCCACGCCCCCGGUCUAGAGGCCCUGUACGCCAAGCGACUACUGGCCUUUGGAGGACGAAAGUCAAAGAGGCCGCCGACGCCCAUCAUCCUCACCAACGACGACGGGGAGCCCACCACCAACAAUAGCGAGAUCGCCGACCACGCCCUCGCCUUCUAUGGCAAAGUUGAGCAAGCUAUUGCCACGAAUGCAGAUGGGGUAGCAGCCGACUACAACAAGAGGACCCGCCAUGCAGGACCAGAACCAACAAUCCAAACCAUAAUACCCAAGCACCAGCUGACCAGCCAGCUCGCUGCCGCCAAGCGAGGCCGCCGAGGAGGUCCUGACCAGCUCACCGACGACAUGUCCAGAGCCAGCCCUGCAGGGAUGGCUCGCCCGCUCCACCCCGUCCUAGUCAACGCCCACUUCGAGAGCACCGAGCCCAUCGCUGCCAAGGGAGGGUACUCUACCUAUUUCCACAAAGGACAGGGCGCCAUGGAGCUCCAGAAAUCAUACCGCGGCAUCCUCCUCAACAACACCAUCGGCAAGAUGCACAGCACCUUCCUCCGAUCCCGCGUUAAGGGCCUGCUACCUGAGCUACUUGAAGCAACCCAAUGCGGCGCCCGACCCAAGAUGGCCACGGACUUCAUUACUCACACCAGCCUCGCCUUCAUCUGCGACUGCCAGAGGAGAUCAAGAUCAUGCAGCAUCACCUUCCUGGACCUCAGGGAGGCCUUCCACUCCGUCAUCAGGGAAUUCUGCAUGCAAUUGCCGACCACCGCAGGCGAGCUCAACGAGCUCAUCGAACGGAUCGACAUUCCCGACUUCAUCAGACCAGCUCUAAAGGAACGUCUCCAGCAACCCGCAUACAACAACCAGCACAUCGACGACGAGCACCUCUGCCAUAUGAUCGCAGAUCACCACGCCUCCAACUGUAUGACAGCCAAAAGCGCUAGGCAUUACCAGCUGCCUCGGACCAGCACACGACCUGGAGUGCCAUACUCGGAUGUCGCCUUCAACAUACAUUUCGCCAUCAUGCUGAGGGCAAUUGACCAGGCAGUUCGAGAGGAAGAGGCCCACGGCCAGCAGACAGGUGGACAUGAAAUAGAGGCCUGCAGUGAGCCUCUAUUUUCACCAGCCCCUCACGAAGGCAGCGCGCUCAGAAACAUGUCCUUCGUCGACGACCUCACCGACUACAACUCGCCCGCCAGCGCCAACGACCGGAUCAACACGACAGCCCUUGCAGCAGCCAGGCUCUGCACAGCAGCUUGCCGGCACGGACUGACGCCACACCCUGAAAAGACCAAGGCCAUCCUCAUGCACUAUGGCGCGGGGGCCAAGAAGGAGAAACAGCGGAUAGCCAAGGAGGGAAUCACAUACCUAGAGCUGGACGGACGGACUCGCGAUCAAUGUAAUGUGCAGCUGGUUACGCAGCAGAAGGCCCUCGGGGCCGUCAUCUCGGCGGGCGGGGUCAUGGGGCCAGAGAUCUGCCCAAGGGUCAAUCGUACAAUUGGCGCAGCUCGGCCUCUAGAGAAGCAGAUCCUCCGCCGCGAGAAGCUCUCGAAGAAAGCCAAGGUCAAGUACGUACACUCUUUUUCGACAUCCUCGCUUACCUACAACCCCCACGUCUGGAUCGACUUGGCCCAGAAGGACAUGAAUCACAUUUCCGCCAAAUACAUGGGCCCAUACCGCGCAGCCGCUUCACCACCCAAGACCAACUCACCCGACCAGCACAUCUCCGAGGACGAGGCGAUCGCCAAGACAGGUGUACCCGACUUCACCACUCACCAGUCGAUUGCGAGGCUACGAUGUUUGCCCAGACUCUUGGGUAACGCUCCAGCAGUCCUACUUCAUCUACUCGACGGCCAGCGCCAACGAAAAGGCACAUGGAGCCGCCAGAUCAAGAAAGACUUCGACUUCCUACGCAAGUACUUACCAAAAGAAAGGUGGCCCAGCCAAACCCAGCACGACCGUGGCAUCAUCAACUGGGCCCGACAGAAGCCGAAGCUAUUCACCAACGCGGUCAAGGCGGCUUUGAAGGCACACCUUCUCCACACCCGCGACCAAGCUCAAGGCGCCAAUCUCCAGAAGGAUAUCUUGAUGACCACGGCAGAUAACACAACCGAAAUGAUGGACCUCAGCGACGACGCGAACAACCAGAGGUAUGUCUGCUACGUCUGCGGCCGAGUUGCCUCCAGGCAAGGCAUGCUAAUCCAUAUGGGCAGGGACCACCCAGACCGUGAAGACCCGCGCUUCUGGGCGACGGGGACAGCGUGCCGAUGUUGCCAGGCCGAGCACCACUCUCUUCCCAGGCUCAUCAAGCACUUAUCGGUGGCUCACCGUUGCCGCAAAUCCUGGCAUGCAUGGUGCACUCAGACGAUGGAGCCUCUGACGGAGCAGCAAAUAGCAGACAACAUCGCCGCCGUCGCCGAGGCCGCGCAUUCCAACAAAAAGCAAGGACGACAUCCAACAUUCAGCGACACGCCAGCCUACCCGUGCGACAUCACGCCGCUGCCUCUCCUUGAGACGUCGCCCGUCCUACCCACAUUUGCCACACUCGUGUCAUCACCAAGCAGGCCACCCUCUUGCUCGCCCGCAGAACCAGCCGAGCACCAAGAAAUCGCAUUCAUCACGGACCGCCCUCGACUGGCCGCCGACCUCCAACAUAUCAUGGCCAGCUACGGGAUCACUAGCAUCAGCGGACUGGACUACGCGCAGAUCGACAUCCCCAGCGACGGCCGUAUCUCAGAACUACCCACAGUACUUCGGCGAGCACAACGCAGGAUCCUACAUGGCGAGGUUGCUGCCAUCUACGUAGAGUUCCCACGACGUACCUGGUACUUACACGAUCGCACCGACGUUCUAGGCAGCAGAGCAAGCAAGCGGCGAACCCCAGAGGCACCAUGGGGCAUACCUCAAGUCUCCGAAACCAUCGCUGAUGAGCUAUUCGCCGCCAACAACGUCACGCGAGAGGUCUUGCGUAUGAUAUUCACGGCGACCGCUACCAGAGUACCACUCGUAGCAGCCAUCUCUGCUGAGUCGAUCAUCAGACAGUCCCCAGAAUAUCGGCACAUCGCCAACCUGACGACCGUCUACGAGACCCUUACGCACCACUACGACCUCGGUACCAUGCAGAUCCUCGACGGCGGCACCCGCGACGACCUCCGCAACAUAAUGCACAUGGCAAACGAAGAAGAGAUCGACUUCACCUUCUCCGGCCUGCUCGACGGCAACAUGGUGGCAAGAUGGGGCCUCAGAACAGCAACCGCUGCUCCUACCAGCCAGAACACGAACACCAUCGACGCCUACUACAUCGAAC